AUGGCUCCAAAAUUUAAAAGCUACGAGUUUUGGGAGCACGUACUUAAAUCACCUAAAUAUGUUGUUGCACCUAUGGUGGAUCAGUCUGAAUUACCAUGGCGACUUUUAAGCCGAAGAUACGGUGCAGAACUGUGCUACACGCCGAUGAUUCACGCGGGAUUGUUUGUAAAGGACUCGUACUAUCGAAAGGAGGCUUUUCACACGUGUGACGAAGACAGGCCGUUAAUCGUGCAGGUUACAAUUUUCUUUCUCUUUCGGUGUCUUAUGAUAGUGUCCUACUCGAGACCUAACAUAAUACCACCAGUUUUACAUUGGCAAGACGUUAAAAGUUGUCAAACAAGCAUGCCAGCGUUCAUUUUUAAGGCGAACGGUCUUAAGCUGAAACAGAGUAACUUCAGAAUAAGCUUACAUGUACCUUGCCACUUGUCGAAACGCCUUAAGAACGAGGCAUAACGCAAUAGAUACUUUUGUUAUGCAACGAAAUGCGAAUAACUGGCGGAGUAUUCUGCAGUACGUCUGUACCUGCUUUGCUACGUUGUCCCAGUUACAAAGUUAACUAUUACGUGUUUCUCAAUGGUUGUGGCAAGAAAAAGUUGGCUUUUUUAGCCUGUUCUGUUCCCUGCUUGCACAGGUCGCUAGUAUUUGGUGGGCAGUCUCUUUUACUCCUGCCUGCCGAAUACCAGGGGAAAAAAGGCCUCUGUUAGCAGGAAACCUGUUCUGAGCUCUUAGUUCUAAACUAAAAUUAAUGUAAAUUGAUAAAUAUAUCCACAGAGGGGCAGAGGUUUUGUUUCAGGCCAGACAUCAAUAGUGUGGGACCAGGCUCCGAAUUGGGGUAAAAAGGAAAAAAAAUAGUUGGCGAGCGAAGCGAGCUUAGAGGUAAUCUGGGGAGAGGAAAGGGUGGCGGAGCCUGGAGACAUGCCUUUGCUGUCGAUCCACCCUCCAGCGAUUAACUUUUCAUUGAAAUGCCAACACGUCAAGUUUACAUCACAGAUGUCAGCAUGAGCUUAUUAUGUCGCUUUUGUAAAAAAAAAAAUAUGAAUUUUAGAUGAAAUAAGAGUGCAAACAAAGAGAUCUACUGAACUUCAAUUGCCAACUGGACUGACACCAACUUCAGUGAAGAGAAAUAAGGACGUUUCAAAGGAAAAUGUGACGUGUGUGACCGGUCGGAAGAACACGGGGAUCAGCCGAAUAGAUUCCCAAGGAGAUUCCUCAAGUUAAGAUAGAUAAGAUAAGAUAAGAACUUUAUUUUAGCACGAUAAAAAGAUCAGCAUUGCUGGUGGGGUCGUGCAUACUAACAAUUACAAGAAAAAUAAGAAGUACGAUUAAAAACUAAAAACUGUUAAAAAUGUUUGAAAUAGGUCGUGAAAAUGUACAAUUAAAAAUUAAAACUGUUAAAAGUAUUCGUAACCGAUAUCUCUAUUUUUGGUAGUAGCUAAGAUUGGUUAAAAUGCAUUUUAUCGGUAUCAAAUUUUACGAGACAGCGUUUAAAUUCUUUCAAGGUUUUGGCCCCUGUUUCCUUGUUCGUUAAAGUGUUCCAUGCGAUUGCUCCUCUAAAGCGUAUGGAGUUCCUGAUAAAAUUUGUUUCUGGUCUUGGAAGAAUGAUGUUCUCAUUUCUUCUGCAGCCUGAAUUCCUCUGUAAAAACAAAUUUUUAAAUUCCGUGACGGUGUAACCUUUUAAACAUUUGAAGACAAACUCCGUUAGUCGCAGUUUGUACAUUGUUUCCAAACUAUCCCAUCCAGUUCGCAUUAAGACAUCUUCAGCGCUUGUGUCCCAUGGCAGCCCAUUUACAAUCCGUCCAGCCCUUGCAUGGAGUUUCUCCAAGUUUUUUAGGUGUGUCUUGUUGCACGAUCCCCACACUGUCAGACCGUAUGUAACUGAUGGCAGUAUCACUUUUGUGUAGAAAUCUUCUAAUUGCUUCUGAGGGAGGAAUCGCAUGCGUCGGAGUAGACUUAACUUGGAUGCGAAGGACUUCGCUACAUUUGCAGCAUGAUCUGACCACGACAACUUGUUAUCAACUUGUACUCCGAGGAGUCUUUCUGAGGUUGUCCACUUUAUGAUGUUGUUGCCAAGGCGCAGAGCUUGGAUAGGGCCAGUAAAUGUUGAUUUGCGCUGCAUGAUCAUUGCUUUGCAUUUCUCUGGGUGUGGUACCAUCGAAUUUCUGUCGCACCAUUCCUGGAGUUCAGCUAGAACAUUGUUUAAUGAGUUUGUUAGCAAAUCCAUCGUUUCUGCAAUACAGUAUAUUGUUGUGUCGUCUGCAUACAGGUAAGUUUCCGCAGAGCGUAGUGAUUUUGGGAGGUCGUUUGUGAAGAGGGAGAAUAAGGUGGGUCCGAGGACCGACCCUUGAGGCACUCCGUGAGCUAUAAUGUGUGUAUCGGAGUCGGAUCCGUUGAUUCUGACGAAUUGUCUUCGUUCUGUAAGGUAGUUCUUUAACCACAGCCAGACAUCUCCUCUGAUUCCAAGGUCGUUCAGCUUUUGUAGAAAUAUAUUGUGCGACACUGUGUCGAAAGCUUUGGUGAAAUCCACAAACAGUAUUCCCACAAAAAGCUUUCUUUCUACUGCUUCUCUCCACUUCUCAGUUAGGUGUAUUAAUAACUGUUCUGUUGACUUUCCCUUUCUAUAAGCCCAUUGUCUGUUAUCGAGUAAAUUUUUUGCGUAACCACGUGAUUAGUGAUAUUACUUGCGAUGCAGGAUUCCAUUAAUUUACUUGGUAUACUGAGCAUAGACAGUGGUCUGUAACAUGUUCUGUCUUCCUCUCGUCCUUUUUUGAACGCUGCACUGACUCUAGCUAUUUUCCACUGGUCUGGUGGCUUGCAGGCUUCAACACUCUGUUUAAACACUUUCGUGAGAGAUGGGGCAAUAGCCAUACCUGCAUACUUUAAAAACGGCGCAGAAUCGCCAUCUGGCCCGUGGCUUUCUUCACUUUUAACUUACAGAUCUUUUCCUCGAUUUCCUUCUGACUGAUCGUGAUGCUGGUCAUAAUCGGCAUGUCCACAUUCUCACGGCUAUGGGCGUGUAAUGGCUGAAUUUCAUCGGCGGGGCCAAUCAAUUUUUCAGCAAUUGUGCAGAAAUAAUCGUUCAACAUGGUUGCCUUUUCAGUGUCAUCUGUUGUAAGGGUUCCAUCGUCCUUCUUUAAUUGGUGGGCUUGUCUGUUUACUUUUGUUGUUCCUGAUGUCUUUUUCAGUAGUUUCCAGUAAGCAGCAGUGGAUUUUACUUCAUCGAAUAGAUUGGAGUAAUAAUCGGCUUUGGCUUUUUUCGUCAUUGUUGAGACUUUAUUUCUAAGUCUUUUAUAGUCAUCCCAUAGCAGUGGAUCAUUUGAUUGACGCGCCGUUUUCAGAGUCUUAUAUCUUUGAUUCAUGGUUAUUCUAAUUUCCUUUGUUAUCCAAGGCAGGCUGUUACUGCGUACUUUAAUUUGUUUAAGUGGCGCGUGUUCGUUGCACAAUUCUAUGAAGAGCAGGUUCCAUGCGUAAUAAACAUCAGUCGGAUCGUCAAAAACUUCGCAUACUUGAAAAGUUCACAGUUCAUGUCAUAAUGCUCGUUUACAUAGCUUACAAAAUAUUGCCAUUGGUAGAGUUUAUACUCUAAGGAGGAAAAAUGUGCAAGUUUAGCACAUUAUGCGACAGACUAUUAAGUUUGAGUGUAUUCCUGUUGUCAAUUUGUUGUUCGUUUUACAAGUUAAUUUCUCUGUCAAAAUCGUUUAAAAGUCAGUAUUAAAUUAUCAUUUCCCUGAUUUUCCUCAACCGCUGUUAUCUUUGUACUAGCCUGCGAGCAGAGGUUUCUUUCUUGCAUGCAUGGCUUUUAGCCAUAGUCAUUCUUGAUUUUUAGGUUUUAUCAUGCUGUUGCCAGGAGCGUGAUUGUAAUGCGGUGCCAUUUGAACGUCGGUUUAUAAGUCCAUCGCUUUGUAAAUGUGAUCGUAGUUUAUCACUGGAAAGUGCAAGAAAAGCUUGAUUUGUUGAAUGCUUAGUUUUUCUUUUUGCAACCGGUCACAGGCAUAUUUUUUGCUCUUCUUGGAGCAGGGAUAAGCAAAAAGUCUUGCAAAGAAAUUUGUAUUGCCUGCUCAAAAUUUGUGUUUUAAAAAAUCUUCUGCCGAAAUAGAAGGAGCGUGACAUUGAAAGAGCGCUAUUCUGUCAACCGCACUGCGAAUCUGUCAACAUGAAGACAUUUGACCAAUCAGAGCAUGAUACCAGAAUCUGGUAUCAUGGAAUGGCAACAUCAAAGGCAUUGUCUCCAGGCUCUGCCGCCAUUUCCCCUUCCCCAGACCACCGCGAGGGUCGCUUUGCUCUUCGAUAUUUUUCCUAUUUUUGUUAUUUGCCUUUUUUCCCCACCGUGAAGCCUGGUCCCAGGCUAAGACAUCAGAUGCAAAGUCCAUUGACAUGUUAUGUCGAUGAGUUCACCACAAAUAAUUAGUUUUUAAAUGUGAAAAUUGUUUCUUUUUUUCAUUUAUUAGUGAAAGAUAGAUUUGACCCUUGAAAGACCUUUACGGUCAACCAGUUUGUCCAGGGAAUGCAGGAAAUUGCAUUUUAGAGGGUCCAGUUUCAAAAAUUUCCUGGGGGAGCUGCCCAUAGUCCCCUCUUGAAGUUUGUGCCUCUAUUAUUAAACAUUGCGCCUGCAGCACAGACGGUGCGUGUCUGCCACCUGAGCUUUAGCCUGUGAACAGGCCUUUGGUGGAGGGGAACAGAGAGCCUGUUCACAGGCUAACUAAGCCUCUGCAUCUAGUACUUCCAAAUGCUACCAAAAACCCUGGAGAUGAUUGCCGAUCACAGUGGUUAUAGUCAGUUAGAAUAAGGGAAAAAGCAAACUCAAACAUGCAAUGAAAAAAUAUGCCAAGGAAUGGGAAGAGACAGGGCCCUUCCUCUUUCUUCCUUUUUUUUCCAGACUUGCUUUACUUUUCACUUGUCCCAACAAACUGUAAGAAAGGGCUUGUAAUGUGUUGGUAGCUACUGGUUUUCACUUUCAUUUUUCAUUUCAUUUAUUUUGCCAUGUGGCUUGUGCUCUACACAUUCAUAUUUGCAAAUUCACUUGGGUUUGCUGCCAUUGUACUGAGGCUGUUACCUUGAGUAAAGUAUCGAAAAGUCCUGCUAGGAAAAAGAUCUUUUUGUAUACUUCUUUUUCUUUAACAUCUGUCCCCUGCUGAGGGUGGAAGUAUUUUCUUUUGCUUUGUCAUUAGAUAACAAAUGAAGUGUGUAGAUAAGAAACUCGCAUGUAGCAGAUUCCACAAGUAGCAAAACCAAUGUUACCAAUUUGGCGUAAAGAAAGAAAGUUGGAAUCAUUGAAACGCUCUUUGAAGGAGAUGUGAAUGUUAAAAUUAUACUGAUUCUAAGUUUAACAUUUAGGUUAAAUGAAGAAAACCUUUGACUUUUACUUUGCAGUUUUGUUCUAAUGACCCUGAAACAUUUCUGAAAGCAGCCCAGCUAGUAGAACCAUACUGUGAUGGGGUUGAUCUGAACCUUGGAUGUCCACAGAUAAUAGCAAGACGAGGUAUGUAGAAAGAAAAUACAGUCAAACUUAAACUCAAUAGCAACUAUCAGGUCAAUGUAAGUUUUGGGCAGAGUACCAGAGUUGGUCAUAAAAGUACAGAGGUGGUAGCUUGAUAAAUCAAUAAAAUAUGUUUAUUUUGCUUUUUAGGUAAUUAUGGAGCAUUUUUGCAGGAUAAGUGGGAAUUGAUAGCUUCCAUGGGUAAGUUUUAGGAGUUAAGCUAUAGCUAUUCAAUAUUAAUUUUUUUUGUCUGUGUGUGUUCUUUGUGCUACUUUUAAGUACCUUUUACAUAACUGUAUAUUUAUUUCUUUAAUUUUCAAAGUGUAGCUGUUAUUUAGGGUUUGCAGGUAUUGUUUUCAUGAUUAGAUUACCUCUCUGUUCAUUAUCGUAUUAUACAACUUUGUCUUAUUUACAGUAAGUUUACUGAAUGAGAAGCUGAUGAUUCCUGUAACUUGUAAAAUUCGAGUCUUUGAAGAUUUGGAAAAGACAGUAGAGUAUGCAAAAAUGUUAGAGAAAGCAGGCUGCCAGGUAUGUGAGAUUUUUAAUGAUUUUUCAUGUCCCGUGCACUCAGUUUUGUUGAGCUGUGUUACACUGUUGACUGUCGUUGAAUGCAAAGAAUUUAAAAUGGUGUCAACUGUUAUUGAUUAAACAACCAGAAGAGCUAAUGGAAUGGCAUCCGAGUGGUGUUACAAGAACCAGACUUUGCGUUAUUGGGUAAAUUGCAUUGAACUUUUGGUGAAGGGAAAGGAGAUUUAUUUCAAUUUGGUGGGGAAUUUGAGUUAUCUGAGUUGGAGUCAAUCGAGAAAAACCGACUGAAAAGUGAGGUGAAAUUCAAGGGAUAUGGUACUUAGUUCAAGUUACCUAAUGGAGUAGGCAGUUCAAUAUAUCUGAGUUUGAGUUAGUUUGAGUUAUCGGGGUUCCACUUUAGUACUCCUGUCACUCUUACGGUGUAGUGAAGUCCUCUCUCCCUUGGUAACACGAACCACACAAUAACAUCCACUAAAAUCAGGGUUGUGAACCUGCAAAACUUAGCACCCCUACAAAACCCUUGUUUUCACCAAAACUGCUGGUCACUGAGUGUGGUUUCAAGAGGUCAAGGUGAUUUGGUGCCCUCUUAGGAGUAAGGACCAUGUUAGCGGGAGACGCGUCCUCUCACUUCUUUACUGCUACAUUUACCCUUGUUCCUCACUCACUGCUCAGUGUCCAUGUCUCAGUCUGUGGUUUGUUCUUUUGUAGAUAUUGACUGUCCAUGGAAGAACAAGAGAUCAGAAGGGCCCAAACACUGGACUGGCUAAUUGGGAUAUAAUUAAAGCAGUAAAGUAGGUGAAAAUCAAAGUCUUGUGCAACGUGUGAGAGAUAGCCUGCGAAGCAGGCGCCUGGAGGUAUUUGGGCGCAAGAAAGAACUGGAAUGCGAGAGGGAGACAUGCGAUGGGGGAGAGGGAGACAUGCGAUGGGGGAGAGGGAGCUCCUCUUCCCUCCAAUCUUCCUUGUGUCCAAAUACUUCCAAGCGACUGCUAUGCAGGCUAUGUGGGAGAUUCAUUUUUGCUUGACUAAAUAAUGCUUAUAAUCAUAUGCUGGCAGGCUAGACAAGCCAAAAAAAAAUUAUUAACCCAUUCGCCCCUGAGCCGGCUGUAACCACCUGUGUGGAUCCACGUUCUUUCCACUGCUUGUGACAUCGUCUGUUUUAAUUGUCAAGGACAACUUUGUCUGCUAACUUGCGCAGAAGAGAUCUUUUAAACCAUACCAUAAUGAGCACAAUUUAGUUUGUGGACACCAGAGAAAAAGGAAAAAAACCGUGUAACAUUAACCUGAAAGUUUUCGUCUUUUUUAUGUAAUACAUGGUGAUCAGAACCUGGCUUGACUAACUCAUCAAACGGUGUUUUUGUGGACCAAAUGCUGAGGAGUGGAUAGGAGGAGCUUUAUGGUUAAUAUUUAAUUAUAUAUGUUGACCAUAAUGCAUACGUAUUGGUAGCUUACAGUUUUGUUCAAAAAAGGAAAUUGCACGCAAAUUGCGAAGUCUGCGAGGAGGUUUUUGGGAGAUAGCUUGAGAGAUCACUCAUGAGCACUCAAAAUGGAGAGCUUGUUGGCAGGCUAGAAUCGUGUUGUAUCCAACACUAUUCUCAUUGCACGCAAUGCAGAUCUCGCACCCACCGGGACGAAUCUUAUUUGCCUUUAGGCAUAAAACCGCAAGUACCAAGGAUUUAAACUCUUUUGCCAAUUCACUUCAAUUACAAUUUGGAUCUUAUGUUAUCUUUCUUUGCGUUCAACAGAGAAAAUGUAUCCAUCCCUGUGUUUGCCAAUGGUAACAUAAGAUAUCUGCAGGAUGUGGAACAAUGUAUGGCAUAUUCAGGAGUGGAUGGAGUCAUGACUGCAGGUCUGUUACACACCCGGGGGGUACUCCCUUAUAUAAACUAUAUAAGUAUGUGCCGCCCCAAAGGGUAUGGUUUUUGCCCCGUUUCAGUCUGAUUACGGAAAUGUAUGGACUUAUUUGUCAUUUCAAUUCCAAAUGAAUAAGAAAGAAAGAGUAAUAUUUGAAUUCGAAAUGGGUGUGAAAUUUGUUGGCAUUCUAAUCUAAGUAGUGAUAAAAAUUAUCUUCUUAGAGGCCAGGUCUGUAAACGGGUGCGGAUUUUAGAGUACUCUGAAAUAGGGUCUGGAUUUCGGGAACCGGGCAGCACGCCCCCACCAAGUAUUCGCAGUAGUGCCGCUUUCGGGUUACACAUUUGUUUCACAGAUCGAAAGGACUGCAUAGAGCUUUGUCCUGUUUAAGUAAAGAAAUUAUGUGAGUGUGUAUAUCCGGUAAAAACCUUUGUCUUGAUACCAAUCCUUCCUAAAUUAUGUAAUGUUUCUAAUAAUUUUGGCUGUCAAUCAGCUGGAUAGCACACAUAGUAGACCUGGUGAAUUAAUUAAGCUCUAUGGUUGUGCAGAAGGUGCCCUGCUACCAACCGGGAUCUUUAAAUCACGUAGAUCCUUACUUCGUUCAGGAACAUGUCGUUUUAUUGCUGGUCUUGACUCACGCAGUUAUAGGCAGAACUUCAAGCUCUUACUGAAAGGGUUAUUAUAUGAAAGAAGAUCAUCGCAGUUAUUUGACGCAACUUUUGCAGUUGCGAAAAGAAAUCCUGAAAAAAUUCAGGCUUGUACGAGAUUCGAACCCUUGGCCUUUGCGAUACCGGUACAGCGUUCUACCAAUUGAGCGAUUCAAUGGCCUGCUCCCAGUUGGCUUGUUAGCUCAAUUGGUAGCUAGAGCGCUGCGCCGGUAUCGCAGAGGUCAAGGGUUCGAAUCUCGUACAAGCCUGAAUUUUUCCUGGAUUUUUUCGCAACUGCAAAAGUUGGGUCUAUAAGUGCGAUGAUCUUCUUUCAUAUAAUUCUUCACCCCGCAGUUCUCAUAUAUAUGAUUUUCAUAUAUUCAUAACUUGAAAGGGUUAUUGUCGUGUACGAGUUACAACCAAAAGUAUUUGGACAACUCGCUUUCCUUUGCCUAAGAUUACCAAACAGAGGAAAUUCUGAAUACGCUAAUCUUCGCACCUUUACAGCCCAAAGCUCAUUUUAUAUUCUAAGGUUUUUGUUCCAGAAACAGGUAGAAAACCUGCACGAUUUGCUUAAGAUCACAAAGUUUAGCGAUAUUUUCUCACCUUCAGAAAAUUCUACUUUCUACCUGAAAAGGCUCUCGUAGCCGAUCGUGUUUGUCGCGACGAAAAGCUCACAUAUUUGUCCUAAAAUCAACCAGCUUAAUACGGACACUGGUUACUAAGAACAACGUCAACCCCGCUCUGCGGACACUGGUUAUCUGUGCACUGUCUACUUUCAUUAUCCGGCACAAUUAUGUUAACAUUGUGUCCUGUCAAACAAUGACUGAUUUGUACCGGUUAAGCCUAAAAAGUGAAGCGUCCGUUUAUAUACUUUUUUUAAUUUACUUAAAACAGUAAACUUUAUUUCACCCAAGGUUUAGAAGGGAAAAAUUGGACGAUUUCAGAAAAAAAGCAACUAAAAAGAAAAAAAAUCUCUAUAAAGCUAAUUACUGUAUAUGUACAGCAAAAAAAAUGUAAAUCGAAUUCGAUCACCGUAGUGAAAGACUUGCAUCGCAGAACUAAAAAUCCUCUUUUAAGCCCCUCCCCCCUUUCAAAUAAACCUCCUCUCUCUAAUAAGCCCCCCUUUUCAGGGGAAGAAAGCUAAUAACCCCCCUCCUCUCUUUUAACCCCCUCCCUCCCCAACCGUUAUUAUUCUUCAGUCGUAAAUGAUAGACUGUAUAAAUCAAUCACGACUGUAAAACUUCGUUUGGACUGAUCUAGGAUGGUUUACUUCACCAACUGGAAGCUCGGCUUUGUUUUUGAUCCUCGGCUGCAUGAUCUCCAACUUCUUAUACUUGAGCUUUUCAACUUUGUAUUCUAGUUCAUUAUGGAGAACUGAUACCAUUGUCUUUGCUUAAUUAAAUAAACCCCCCUCUCAAAUAAGCCUCCCCGUCUCUAUUAAGCCUCCCAUCAAAUGGGCUUGAAAGAAAUAAAUAAGCUUUCGGGGGAACUUAGAGGAUUUACAGUAUGUUAAGAUUGAAAAGAGGAAGAGGAGGAGGAGAUUGAAAAGAGGAGAGGAGCGUUGCGUGACGAUAACAAAAACGGCUGUGUUGCAGACUAUAAGGAAGCAUAAUUGGCAGUAUUAACAAAAUGAACCAGACAGCCCUUACAACGAGCCCCUUUAAGUUCUUCUUAUCGCUACUUUCGCCGUUCGUUGGAUUCUGAUUUCUAAAGGUCGUUAGGUUAGGGAUUUUAGUUAUAGGCAGGCAUCAAUUUUUGCGUAACUUUCAGGAUAGUUUGUUACCUCCGGAAAUUUACCGGGUUUUUCUUAUUCCUUGCAGAGGGAAAUUUGAGUAACCCAGCUCUUUUCACUGGAAAGCAUCCUCCUGUUUGGCAGAUGUCUGAUGAGUACAUGGCUCUUGUAGAUAAGCACCCGUGUCCACUAUCUCACAUCAGAGGUCAUUUGUUUAGGCUUUGGCGUAUCAUGUGAGUACAGUCAGUGUUCUCCCUAAAUUUUAGGUUAGCAGGUAAGGGACCAUUCAUGGCCAAUAAGGCAAAAAAUAUCUCCGGGGGGGAGGGGGUAGUGGCGUGAGCGACACCCUCGCGGGGAAAUUUAGGAGCUAAGUUCUCUGAAACGUCAUUCCCUUAUUCUAAGACCUAUUUUACGCAAAUCGGCCGUUGUUAUUUUAAGACAACAAUUUAAAACGUUCAAUCUCAAUAAUUUUACACUGUCUGCAAUGUUCUCUUUCCAAAAUGCAUGGCCCAUAUACAAAGAAAAGCUGUGUAUACUUAAGUACUUUUCUAUAUCUAUUCAUUUUCCUUGGGAGAAUCGGAUCAGAUCACAACUUCCUUUUUUCAAAUUUUAGUAAACCUUCAAGCGGUUGCACUUAGUAAGAAGUGUUGCUUCAGGCCGUAAAUUUUACUGGUUACCGCCUGAUAACACUGACAAUGGAAACUUACUGCUUUAAGGCCCGGUUCAAACGUCGAACUUUACAUGUGCCGAACCUAAUACCUAUUUAGGUCGAUCCAAACUAUUAAGUUCGACUGUUGAUUCAGAAGGUCGAACUUUACCUGUGCCGAACCUAAUUCGUGGCGAAAAGAAAUAUCAUCCUUACUGCUCAAAUUAGGGACAUAAACUGAAAAAAAGUAAAAUUUACCAACCCUGGAAAUUCUUGUUUUGAUUUUGGUGUGAUUUGUGUUCUGUUAUCAGCUGUGUUAUGGCAAGGAGAACAGCUGAGGAGACAGUGAUCGUGAUAUUUGGACAAAAUAAAGUAACGCCAUAAAUCAGGGUCCGAAAUUAUCUUUUUAAUACGGGCGCCAACUGGCGAUCAAGUAUAAAUUUUUGGUCGCCAGAGGGCAAAUUGUGGUCGCCAAAAAUUUCCCCUCCCUAUUUUUCAAAUAAAAGUUUAAACACGAAUAAAAAAUGCAUGGUAUGGACGUUUUUAUGCUCAAAAAUUGCACUACUUUCGCUCCCGAUACCAGAAAGCAACCGUACGUGUACGAGUGAAGUCUUAUUUUUUCCACAAAUUACUUUUUGGAGAUAUAAAGCUGUCUGAUCUAGAACGUAGGAACAGAAAGCUGUCUGCCCAUAACUGCACUGAUCAUAUCAAAACUCUAUUUUCUUCCGAUAACUACCACGAAACACGAAACAUAAACACGAGUCAAGCCGCGAUGACCAUAUCACUGUGACAGUACCAGGCCACAACUGUGCCACAUUACUCGUACCAGUCCACAAAGUACAUAACGUACUUACCGUAUUUCAGCUGAAAACAACAUAGCGGCUUGGAAACGUUCAACUCGUAUUGAUCGUAGCUGUUGUGGAGGUAUUAUUCUGAUUAUUACAGGAAGAUUCGUUUCACGUUUAGAAAGUCCACAAAAACAACCAACUGUACAAGUCGCUAGCUGGCGACCAGCUAUUAAAUUCUGGUCACCAGGACUAAAUUUUUAGUGGCAUUGGCGACCAGGAAGGUGCAAUUUCGGACCCUGUAAAUUUAAAAAUACAUUGCUAUUUCUUUAUGGAAAUAAAGAAAAGCAACUUCUUAGAAGACCCUUUUAAGCUGUCCAGUUUCUCUGCUGAUAACCGUCGUUACGCUUCCGUGAGUUCUGUCCGCACAGGCGCGAAAACCCACUUAAUAGCCAAUCAGAAGCGCGGUUAUAUUGAAAAAUACGUUAACAUAAUUUAUGCAUUAGGCUCGGCACAUGUGAAGUUCGACGUAUCAUCGAAGUCGAUCUUUUGCCGUUCUAUUCGACAAGGUCAGUCGAAUAGAACGGCAGAGUCGACCUAAAUACAAAAGAGCCGCUCCUAUAUUGAUUCAUACGUCGAACUUUACAUGUGCCGAACCUAAUUUUUAGGUUCGGCACAUGUAAAGUUCGACGUUUUAUUUCCCUAUUUUAAGCAGUAAGUAAGUAAGUAAAGCCUUUAUUUAAAGAGGGUAGCACCUAAUAGCCAAAGGCUAAUAAACUUGUGGCCCUCAUAAAAUACACAACUAUUUACAAUCUAAUAAAUAUUGUAAGCUAAAAUA